AUGCCCAAGAAGUUAAUUUUGUUUGACGAGUUAGAAGAUGAUAAAGAGAAUUAUUCAUAUCAACGAAAAGGAAGGUCAGUAUCUUUAAUAUCUCAAUUGCAAACAACGUCCAAAACUUCAAAUGAAUCAAGUAAAAAUGAGCAUUGGAAACAAAUCUUAAAUCAAAUUUCUCUAGUAGAUGAUCCAUUAUCCUUAUUUGUUGAGUAUAUAGAGAUCGAAUCACAUAAAAUAAUGAGUGAUUGGACUUUAAAGAGAAGUAGUCUUUUAGAGAUUGUUGAAUUAUGUUUGUUAUAUUGCCAACGAUUUGAUAGAUAUAAAAAUGAUCCGAAAUAUUUAAAUGUAUGGCUAGAUUAUUGUUCAAAUUUUUACUCCACUGAAGACCAAAUCGAUAUUUUUUAUUACAUGUAUAGAUCUGAUAUCUGUGUUGAAUUGAGUGAUUUUUAUAGUUAUUUUACAGAUAUUUUUGUGCUGUUGGAAAGAUAUUUUGAAGCUUACCAAGUUCUUAAUCUAGGAAUCCAGGCUAAUGCUAAACCUGAAAAGCAACUAUUAGAUGAAUUAAAUUUGUUGAAAGAAAAUGAAAAUUUUAAAGUUUCACAAGUAAAUAGAACUACAGAUCAUGAUGGCUUUCAAAAUUCUAAUCAAAAUAACAAUCCUGUAUUCCAAAUAAAUUAUCAUGAGCCCAAUUUAAUAUUGAAUCAAGAGAGAAAUGAUUUAAUACGAAAUUAUCAAAACAGGAUUAUAAGAAAUAAUAGCCAAGCUAAGACAAAAAAUCUAAAUCUAAAUAAUUUGAAUUCAAGCUCUUCUAGUAUCUAUAGAGAUGAAAAUGAUGAAGCUAGUGAUACUUUUAAUGUUUUUAAAUCAAGUGUACGCAAUAUUUUUGAUGAUAAGUCAAUAGUACCUUCGGCUACAGCUAUUGCAUCUACUUUAAAAUUUGAAUCAAGAAAUGAAAAAUUCAAAGAAAAUAAGCACUUAAUUUCGGGUAGAAUUGAACCCAAUUCUAAGAUCGAACCUUUAAAGCAAGUUGCAUCAAUGCCAUUCAAUCAGCCAAAAAGUAAUAAUAAGUUAUCUAUAUUUAAUGACACAAUGCACAGAAAUGGACCAAUCUAUAAGAUACUUCAUAUAAGUGGGAUGAAACCGGAAAAGAUCGAUUGUAAUUUCAACCUUAUAUAUACUGAAAAUGGAACAGAACAUUCAAUAGAAGAAAUUUUAGCAUUAAUUAGAUAUAGGAAGAUUAUUAAUACUACUACUAAUAACAAAAGGAGUAAUAAUAAUAAUGAUAACUUCACAAACGAAAAUGGUCCAAAUAAGAGAAUGAAGAUGUAA